GCUUAUAUGAAUCCCAUAGCAAUGGCCAGAGCGCGAGGUCCUGCCCAAAAUUCGGGACCAACGAUACAAGACUACUUGAACAGGCCAAGACCAACAUGGGAAGAAGUGAAAGAGCAACUAGAAAAGAAAAAGAAAGGAUCCAGGGCUUUGGCGGAGUUUGAAGAAAAGAUGAACGAGAAUUGGAGGAAAGAACUGGAAAAGCACAGGGAGAAAUUACUGGGUGGAAAUGAGAGUUCCUCUAAAAAGAAAGAGAAAAAGAAAAAGGAAAAGAAGAAAUCUAAUAGGUUGUCUUCAUCUUCCUCUUCUUCAUCAAGCUCUGAUUCUUCCAGCAGUUCAUCUGAUUCAGAAGAUGAGGAUAAAAAGCAAGGGAAGAAAAGAAGGAAAAAGAAGUAUCGCUCCUCAAGGAAAUCUUCAGCAAGCUCAACUUCUGAAUCCGAGUCAGACAGCAAG